UCCCAUGUCAGUUAGUACUAAUUAUUCUUCUCUCUCUUUGUACAGAGACACAGUGGCCCCACCAGAUCCAAAAUACUCCAUCCUUUCCGCAUUUCGAUUUUUGCCUUGACUUUGGACAAUCUAACAAGCAUCCUUUUUUCUUGGCUUUAUCGACUCUUUUUUGUAAAGUUCCAAUUUUUCUUUGAGUUAAAUUUUACUCUUUUUGAGCUAUCUCCUCUUUCUGGUUGAUGGGGUUUCUUGGAUUCCUUUGGUGUUAGCUAGGAGCUGGAGCUAGUGUUGAAAUGAGUGAUAUUUUGUUGGUUGUAUUUUGAGUUGAGCAUUUUAAAAGACUUGGUCUUAGGGAGGGUAGAAAGAUGCAGUGCACUGGAUAUUUCCCAGAAUAUUACGACCCAAGAGAUCAUAAUGCAGCCUUGAGUGGUAAUUCAUGGUCAAAAUCCCACAAUGAUAUUACCUGGAACAGUAGCAGAGGCUUCAAUAUUUCAUUGCCUCAAUUCAUGGUGAACCAGAACCAAGAUUUAGUUCAUCAAAAGGAAAUAUUGAGACAGAUGAUACUCAAGCAUGAAGCAACGUUUAGAUAUCAGGUUAAGGAACUCCAUCGCAUAUAUGGAAGACAAAGGGAAUUAAUGGAUGAGAUUAAAAGGAGAAAACUAGUGGAUGACCAUUUACACUCGCAGUCCGAGUCAAAUACAUUUAUGUCUCAGUUAAGGUCCGAAAUUUUCGGAAAAACCUAUUGGCCCAUAGUAAACCUCACAAGCAUCGAGCCAUAUGUACCAAGUAAAGAAAUGUUUCAAGAGUCUUCUAAUUCUACUGGUAAGACUGUGCAACAAGGCGGUGAUUAUUUUUCAGGACGAGAUGUCUCAAAAGAACACAACUUAUCAUCAUCAAAGAGCAAUAUAUCAAGAAAGAGAAUGUUGGAUCUUGAAGUUCCAGCAGAAGAAUACAUUGACAAUGAAGAAGGGGAGCCAUUUGAAGUGGAAAAUCCUGUUAAAAGGCCCAAUAUUAUGAUAGCAGAGCUUCAACCUCAAUGUUAUUCUAAAGUCAACUUUGGAGAUUCAUCAAUUUCUCUCUCAAGUUGCAGGGGCACUUCUCUUUUGUUUGACCUAAAUGAACCCGUACAGCCUGUUGAAUCAGAGUGGCAGAAUUCUGCAUUUGAAUGUGAAAACAUUCACCAGCAAAUCAGGGAAAAUACAUGUGAACACAUCGCUGCUGUUAAAGACAAUAAGGUCUCUAACUGCACUAGUUCAGGGAAAGGCAUGGACUUAAAUUUGACACCUCCUAACCAUUUGUCUGAAUACCAGUCUGCGUAUACCUCCAACAUUUCCCGUCUUAAUUUCCCUGAAGGAAGAAAUGUAGAGAUUCAUAAAAAUUCUGAGGUUUUUGACAUUAGCGUAGUUCCUGAUUCUACACCUGAAUCUAGAAAAUGUACCAGGAAUAAUCACCUUAUAGCUGCUAGAAUUGAUAGCAAGCUUUCAACAACUAAUAUUUGCAUUGACUUAAACUCUUGCAUCAAAGAAGAGUUUUUAUCGUCUAGUCCAAGUAAAGCAACGACGCCUACUGCAGAAAGAGAUCUAGAAGUGGAAGGUCCUGUUAGCCCCGAAAAUAAGGAGUGUUCUCCACCUAGAGGAGAUUCUCAGGACAUUAUAAUUGGUACAUCACUCCAUUUGUCAAAAGGAGGCCAUAGUGACCUCGUCGAGGAAAUUGACAAGGUUGCAGCUGAUAUACUUAUUUUUAUUUCAUCAUCUGCCGUUGGGGAGUAUUCGAAGACUGCCAUCAGUGAACCAUCCGAAGCUUCUAAUAAAUGUCUAGGUCUGCUUGCUGAAGUUGCUGCUGCUUUGGCAAGAUUUCCAGAGAAUGAGGUUGAACAACACAUGGAAGUCCAUUUUGAGCGCGAUGUACCUCUUUCCGAUAGGAAUGACUGCAGUCGGACUAUGAAGCUUAAUCUGAGAGAUUCAGUACCUGCAGUUGACUCUCUUUUGCAUCAGGCAAAUGAAAAAAAUAUUUCUCCUAAAGCAAGUACGUGGAGGAAAACUCCGAGUAGGACGAGUUCCAGAGCCAGGAGACGGUCCAAUGAUGGAGAGAAAACAGUGUGCUCACUCCUGCAGCAUACAUUGGAUAAUACGAAUGGCAUUACAGACAGAUUUUUGAAAGGCUGGGGGCUGACAAAAAAGCGGCAAAGGGCUCGGAGAGCUCAGUCUUAUAUUUGGUCGUCUUUUUCUUUUUUAGCUGAUGAGUAAUUUAAUGGAGAUUAUGGUGAUGACACCACCUAUAUUAUGGAUUCAUAAGUUAAGUUAUAGACUUAGUAGUACAGAAAGUUAAUUGCUAGGAUUAACAUUUUUGUCUUGGAAAUGUUAUGUACAGAUAUUUAGCUGAGCAUUCAUACAAGAUACUUUCACUUAUCCUAUGGAAAUGUUCACAUUUUUCUUUGA